AUGGCGGUGGAAAAGUUAUAUUUGGAUCACAACCUAAUUACGUCAAUUCCGGUUGGUCCAUUAACAAAUCAUAGUCGAUUAACUUACUUAGAUCUGAGGAAUAAUCUCAUCAGUAAUAUUGAACCCAAUGCCUUUGAACGUUGUGGGCAACUGAAACAGUUAUAUUUGGUAACCAACAGCUUCACAUCAAUUGCUACUGGAGCUUUCAAUGGAGCUUCGUCACUUACAUAUCUCUCUUUAUCUGCUAACAGACUGACGACGAUUCCACCGGUGGCACCACUUGUUUCUUUAGAAACUCUUGCUUUGGAAGGCAAUCGGAUUAGAGAUUUGAGAUUUUCCAAUGACUUUCUAUCGCUGCGAAAUUUAGGAAGUAUAGUUUUGAGCAACAACCCUAUAGGAAAAUUGUUGAAUGAUACAUUUUCUAAUUUGAAAAAUUGUCCGGUUAAGAAAUUGGAAAUUGCUAGAUCAAAUAUUGCCAAAGUUGGUCUGGAGACAUUUAAACCGUUGAAAAAAAUCAUUUCCUUGAAGAUUGGUUACAAUCCUCUGAAUGAAUGGCAAAUAGUAAAUGUUAUGUCUGGAUUACAAAACUCAAGUAUCAAUAGUUUAGACAUUAGAAAUAUCAGUCUGGAAGGACGUCUACCGACCAGGACUUUCUCCUUCAUGAGGAAUAUCGAACAUUUAACACUACGAAACAACAGAAUAAUGAAAAUCCAAGAAAAGGCGUUCUUGGAUCUCCCUAGAUUGAUAUUAAUUGAUCUUACAUCCUGUAAUAUCAACCAAAUUGAUCCUGAUGCGUUUUUCAACUUGACCAAUCUUCAGCUGUUGUUUUUAACAGACAACCAUCUUGCUACAGUACCAAAAGGACUUCCACCAACACUACAAAAAUUAUACAUAGAGAAAAACCAACUCUCGACAAUCAAAAAUGACGAUUUUCUGAACUUGACAGAUCUCGAAGAGUUGUAUCUAACCAGUAACCAAAUCCAUGCUCUUGAAGGACAUGCGUUUGCUGGUCUUAAUCGUCUCAGUAAAUUGCAUUUGGAUCAAAACCGAAUAGGAACUUUACCUGGUAAAGUAUUUGGGCCAUUAGUAAGACUUGUGUCAUUAUCGCUUAACAAGAACAACCUUCAGUCAAUUCAGGACCAUGCUGGAACUUUCUCAUCAUUGGUCUCACUGGUGUUUCUAGGGCUCUCCGACAACCAAUGCUCAAAAAUCCCUAUGGAUCUUUUUCAUCCUCUGAAAUCAUUGGCUUUUCUAGAAAUUUCAAACAACAGCUUUGGUGUAAUUAUUAAGAACGAUGGUGCUGGGGAACUCUUUGCUGGAUUAACAAAACUGGAAAGGUUAGAUAUGAACAAUAACCAGAUCUCAACUAUUCACGAUUCAUUAUUUCGAGAUUUAUCAUCCUUAAAAAACUUAUCUCUGGCCCGUAACCAGAUCUCUCAUUGGGGUAGACAUCUCUUUUCGUCCACAAAAUCCCUCGGUCGUUUGGACUUGAGUUAUAAUCUGAUAACUUUGAUCAAUGAAACAUCGUUAGUCGAUCUCAAAGAACUGAAAGUUUUUGAUCUACGCAAAUCUCCCUUUGCGUGCACCUGUGACACGAGAUGGUUUAGGAAUUGGGUCAAUACAACCAGUGUCCGACUAUUAGGGGUAAAUAUGUGGACAUGUGCGUCUCCUGCUUCUUGGCAAGGCACACGGUUACUGGAUUUUGAUGAAUCUAAGAUUGAUUGUACUGACUAUACAUUAUACUAUAUCCUUGGUGGAGCAGCUGGUGGAAUGAUCUUCGUGGUGCUUAUUGUCACCGUCUGGUAUCGCAAGCGGUACUUCAUGGCCUACCGCCUUUACAGGGCUGUCAAGUAUGUAAAAGGCGAAAAGAGAACAGUAGAAGGAUACGCCCCACUUGCUGGAGAAGAUAAAGCAUUUGAUAUAUUUUUAUCAUAUUCUCCCAAGGAUUUGCAGUGGGUGAGAGACAAGCUGUUGCCAAAUAUGGACAAUGGACAGGUGAAUAAUGUCAAGUUUGAUGGUAGAUAUAAGGUGUGUUUCGGUGAAAGAGAGUUCGAUCCAAGCCGAUCUGUUGUCAGUAACAUCGACCAACAUCUAGCCUCCAGUCAUUACGCUCUUAUCAUACUCUCUAAACACUAUGGACAAGAUAGACGCUGUGAAUUCGAACUGGACUGUAUCCUGCAUGCUGCAGCGGAAGGUCAAAUUGACAGCUAUCAUGUCGUCAUUUUAGGAAAUCUACCAGCAAAGUAUAUUUCUAAGGGUUUGGCCAAAGACAUAGAACAACAUCGGUUUAUAGAGUUCCCCAAUGUCAAUACAGCAGAACAAGAUUUUUUUGAAAGAAUUAAUGAUAAAUUUGACGGUAGGAACGGCCGUGGUAACAUCAUUCCUUAG